AAGCGUGCGAGACAUCAGCCAGGCUUUUACGCAACGUUACUGAAUAAUGUUUGCGAUCGUGCCUGUAAUUCAAAAUAUCGUCCGAAGGUAAAGCCAACUGUAAUGGGUAUUUACGAAGUAGAGCGCAUUGUUGCAAAACGAGUUAAAGGAAGAAAAACAGAAUACUUCAUCCAUUGGCAGAAUUACUCCCCUAGUGAAAAUACCUGGGAACCAGCCGAACAUUUGCCGGAAGAUCUCAUCGCUGUCUUCGAGAACAGGUCUGUCGAUCCAAUUCACGCUGAUGAACGUAGAGAGAAUUUGUCUCUACUAUUC